CCCCGCCCAGGAGAGGGGGCGAAGCCGGAAGCGAGCGAGGGCCCGACCCACGUGGAUCCCUUUCCCCGCUCCCGGGCUGAACCAUGGAGAGGCCGGCGGGCGGGUGCUGCUGCGUCGUUUGCGGGAAGGGUGGCCGGAGCGUCGCUAAAUACCGCUGCCCGGCUUGCCGGGAGAGAUACUGCUCGGUGUCUUGCUGCAAGAAGCACAAAGAUCAUUGCAGGUCCAAAGCAGAUUUUCAUCCACAACCUGCAAACACAGAUGCUCCCCAAAGUACCUGGAGAGAGAAAUCGUUGGACGCUGAAGGAAGCCCUUGGUCUGUGGAUGAUAUCUUGACGGAAGAGGAUGAUGGCGAUAAGGUGCCUCUCCAGAAACUUCAGCUCUUGGAGGAAUCAGAAGAACUCAGAGGUAUUCUAGGCAACCCCCACCUCCGGCAGCUUCUUCUCAGCGUGGACCAAGCCGAAGACAAGAACGCCCUCCUGAAGACGUGCAUGCAGGAGCCCCUCUUUGUCGAGUUUGCCGACUGCUGCCUGCGGACCGUUGAGCCCCCAGAAGGGGAAGGGGAGGAGCUCCCUGGCUGAUAUUGGGGGAAGAGCCGGUGGGGGCGAGGGGGGUUGCGGUGGGCAGUAGACAGAAUUCUCAGGCUGCCCUUUCGGGGGCGGGGCCUGCCCCUCCAAACGGCCACCACCCUGGUUUUGUGGAAAGGGAACGUCUCUUUCUGUGUGUGUUCCGAUGCUCCAACCUCUUGUGUUUGAGCCCAUGUCAGAUAUUUUCAAAGGGCAUCCUUUGUGGGGGAAAAAAGAUCCAGCUUGUGCCAGGGAAUCCUCCAGGUACUCUGGGGCAACACCCCUUGUCAGCUCUCACCAGGCCGUACCCUUUCCCUCCAGCGCUUGCUAUAAAAGAAGAGGAACCUUUAGAAAUUGGGGGAAAUUGCCUGUUGAGUUACAGCUUCCAGAUUUCCAACGUGGGCGACUGGAAGACCAAGAGUCGCAGUUUUCUUUUGUCCCAAACCUCCCUUCUUUUAGCGCUUGCUCCCAAGUUUGUUGAUUCCUCUUUGUUUGAAUUUGGGUGGGAGGGACUCCAGUUUCCAGGUCCUUCUGUUUUGUGCAGUCGGGUUGGGGGAAAUCACAAGGGAGAGACCAUGGAUCGGAGCUGACUCCCUGCCAAGGUACGGCCUGUCUGUUCUUGGGAGGACUGAGAUGCAAUGAACUGGGCUUCCCGGCCAGUAAUGGAGACAGUGGUGGAAGCGGAAUUGAAACAAAACGACGGCUAAGCCUGUAGUAAAAUCGUCAAGGUUUAUUAAGUCCUGAUCUGUAGAAAAUUGUUCAGGUCUUUUGAAACCAAUCCACAAAUUACAAGGAGCCCCAGGAUUAAAAGAAUAAAAGACCUUUUACACCACAGGACAAGCAAAAGUAUUGGACGGUGAAUCUUUGGUACUCUUCCACUCGUUUGGUUUUUGGAACACAGAAUGAGAAGUUUGGGGGGGAACAGCUGCACAUCAGCCUGAGGAAUUCUUAAAAGUUAUUUUUGGUUGUAUCAAGAACAACCUAGUUGUUUAGUAGAGGCAGUUGAAGAAUGCUGUUAAGAAUCUUCAUGAUAUUAAAAAGGCGACUUUCAUUAUAAAUCCAAAA